AUGAGUGAUGAAGAUUUAGACAAUAUGAUGUUAGAGCCUGAGAAUAGUGAUCAGUAUGAACCUGAUUAUAUUGAUCUAUAUAAGCCUGAUAAUAUUGAUUUGUAUGAACCUGAGAAUUCUGAUUUGGAUGAGCUUGAGAAUUCUGAUUUGGAUAAGCCUAAAAAUUCUGAUUUUAUGAUUGCUUUUAUCAUUGAAGAACUUCAACCAUUUUCAAUUAUUCAAUCACGAUCAUUUAAAAGAAUAAUUGAAGGCCUUGAUACCCAGGCUAAUAUACUUAGUAAUGAUCAUUUAAAAGAAAUUCUUAUUAAUUCUGAAAAUAAAAUUUUGCAAGACCUUUCUGAAUAUGUACUUGAUAGUGCUGAAAUUAGUUAUGUUUCUUUUAUCGCCGAUAUGUAG